AUAAUAGUUAUGAAAUAUGCAUCAGGAGGAGAUUUACAUAAGCAUUUGCAGAAGGAUUUUGCAAGAAUUAAAUGGGAUAGUGAAAAAUUACGUAUUUUACAUCAAAUUUCAGCAGGACUUGAAACUAUUCAUAAUAAAAAAUUUAUACAUCGAGACUUCCAUAGUGGAAACAUAUUAUUUGAUCAACAACAUAAAAAAACGUUAAAUGAUGAUUGGAAAAUUGGAGAUCUAGGAUUAUCACAAGCUGUAAAUAGUGAAUCAUCAAAUAAUGAAAUAUAUGGAGUAAUACCUUACAUUGCACCGGAAAUAUUUAGAGGGUCUAUAUUUUCUAAAGAAGCUGAUAUUUAUAGUUUGGGUAUGAUUAUGUGGGAACUUACAACAGGUUGUAAACCUUUUGAUAAUGUUGAACAUGAUCAUCAUCUUAUUUAUAAAAUUCUUGAUGGAGAACGACCUAAAAUUACAGAAGAUACACCAGAAUGUUAUGCU